CCCGAGUGACAGAAGGACCUCCAGCAUCUUUGAGCCGCCUCCUCCGCCUCCGUCACUUCGAUGUCUGAGAAGCGCCUUCAGGUCAACAUGAUGCAGCAGCCCACCUGGGACCCCUUCCGCGACUGGCAGCAGGGCAGCCGCCUCUUCGACCAGGCCUUCGGCAUGCCCUUUUCCCCCGAGGACUUCCCCCAGUGGACCAACUCCCACUGGCCCGGCUACUUGAGGCCCCCUGGCUCCAUGUACAACAACAACUUCUUCUCCCAGGGGCCCUACGCCCGCUCCCUGUCCCGCCAGAUGAGCAGUGGCAUGUCCGAGAUGAGACAGACACGCGACCACUGGAGGGUCUGCCUGGACACCAACCAGUUCUCUCCCGAGGAGCUGGUAGUCAGAACCAAGGAUGGGAUGGUCGAGAUCAUCGGGCAACAUGAGGAGAGAAGGGAUGACCAUGGAUUCAUCAGCAGGAGUUUCACUAGGAAAUACACUCUGCCCCCUACUGUUGACUCUGAGAAGGUCACCUCCUCUCUCUCACCUGAGGGUGUGCUGACCAUUGAGGCUCCUCUUCCUAAGCCUGCUCUGCAAGCAGGCGAGGUGUCCAUCCCCGUCUCCAAGAUGAAGAAAUAAACAGGAAUCACCAGGCCACAUUGGAGAGGAGCCAUCGUUCGACCCCAUGAUCCAGCUGCUGACACACAUCUACCCAGCUCACUAGCCGAGCUUUUGGUUCCUUAUUUUUACAUUUUGGUAUGCAAUGUUGUUUUUUUUCCUGUCCAGGUUGUCAUCAUUAGCUGUUUAAAAUUUUUUUAGACCAUUGUUUUAUAACGGCUAUGAAAGCAAUCAGUGAGAAGUAAAUCAAGCAUAUACGUAACCAGUUUGUUAUCUAAUCGAGUGAAAUGAGUGAUACAUUGUACAAAACCAGUGUCUGUACUGAAAUGCUUCAAAACAGCAAACUAGAAACUAAUAAAAAUCUGUUUUAGAA